AGUACAUCCCACCUGAGCUGUGCGUUGCUCUGUACACAGACAAGAUGGCAGCGUCAUUGGAAGACGAAUUUGAAGAUGCACCCGAUGUGGAGCCGUUAGAGCCAACUUUGAAGAAUAUCAUCGAACAAAAAUCUCUUAAAUGGAUAUUUGUAGGUGGAAAGGGGGGAGUUGGUAAAACGACAUGUAGCUGUAGCUUGGCUGUCCAGCUGGCUGCGGUCAGGGAGAGUGUCCUCAUCAUUUCCACAGAUCCUGCUCAUAACAUCUCUGAUGCUUUUGACCAGAAGUUCUCAAAGGUGCCGACUAAGGUCAAGGGCUAUGACAACCUCUUUGCAAUGGAAAUAGACCCAAGUCUGGGUGUGGCUGAGCUGCCUGAUGAGUUUUUUGAGGAAGACAACAUGCUCAGCAUGGGCAAGAAGAUGAUGCAGGAGGCCAUGAGCGCCUUCCCGGGCAUUGACGAGGCAAUGAGCUACGCAGAGGUCAUGAGGUUAGUGAAAGGCAUGAACUUCUCAGUAGUAGUGUUUGACACAGCUCCCACUGGACACACACUACGCCUGCUUAACUUCCCGACCAUUGUGGAGCGAGGACUGGGCCGCCUCAUGCAGAUCAAGAAUCAGAUUAGUCCAUUUAUCUCCCAGAUGUGUAACAUGCUCGGUCUCGGUGACAUGAAUGCAGAUCAGCUAGCCUCUAAGCUCGAGGAGACCCUGCCAGUCAUCCGCUCAGUCAGCGAGCAGUUCAAAGACCCGGAACAGACCACGUUCAUCUGUGUGUGUAUCGCUGAGUUCCUGUCCUUGUAUGAGACAGAGAGGCUGAUCCAGGAACUGGCCAAGUGCCGCAUUGACACACACAACAUCAUCGUUAACCAACUUGUGUUCCCUGACGCUGAGAGGCCAUGUAAAAUGUGUGAAGCCCGCCACAAAAUUCAGUCCAAGUAUUUAGACCAGAUGGAAGAUCUUUACGAGGAUUUUCACAUAGUCAAGUUACCACUGCUGCCCCAUGAAGUUCGAGGCGCUGACAAGGUGAACACUUUCUCUAAGCAACUUCUGGAACCCUACAAGCCCCCAAACAAGUGAUCUGGUUGCCUGCAGGAAGCCCCGCCCACCCACUGCCCUGGUACAGACCACACCUGCGUCUACAGUAGGAUUCACCUCCUCCGAGCCUCAAACCCUAAAGCAACAGCCGCAACAUGAUCCACUCAGUCCUCCUCAUUCAUAUCAGUGCUACUACAGCAAGACAUAAGCUCUUAGCGGAAGGAGCUGAAGAACCACAAACACAGACAUGAACAUUCGGCCGUAUGAUAGAGGUGAGCCAAGGGCAAAUCUGUGCUCGCUCAUCGUCACUUCUCCUCUGGUCCGGUUGUACUGUACCUGUAUAAAGCAUUUACACCCUCAAAACGAAAAACAAAUCUCGUCUCGUUUUAAACCAUGUCCAACCUCAGUUGUAAAGAAAAGGCAAUUGUUGUGGUGCUGUGUUAUCAGCAGGUUUCUGAUGGUUGAUGUUUGUCGUGUUUGCUCUGUAUAGAUUGGUGCCUGUGUCUGUUCUCCAGUUUGUCUUUUGGCAAAGAAUUCAUGCAUAAUAUGAUCCAGGACUCUUCCCAUCCAAUUUUUACAGAUUCAGGGUGUAACAGCAGGGCGAUCGACGAAGACACUAAAAUAAAUAAUUUCAAUUUAGGAAAAAUGUACAUCCAUGUGGUUCUGUGUGUGUUGAACCAUUCAGGUGAUACAGCAUGAUUUUUAGGCAAAAAGUAUGAUAAACGUGUUGAUGUGAGUGUCUGGAAUCUGUCACCAUACGCGGUUCAUAAGACUCAUCCAGCUGUUGAACAUGGUGUCUUUUCUACUCACUGAGGAUGGGAACAAUGGGAAAAAAACAUGAGUAGCCUUACUUAGUUAUUCCAAAAUCCUAUAUAUUGAAUGUUGCUUGAUCAAAUGUUUAAUGGCUAGUAAAGCGGUUUUUGCCACGCGCCUGCCUCGUCUGUCUUUGUUACCCAGCGGGUAGAUGUAGAAGCAUCAUUUCUCCUCUCUGUCAAUAAGGGUCCGCUUUUCUACAGAAUUUCUUUGAAUUACUGGCAAACGUUGAUCAAAAUAAACUUUCCUCACCCGAA